UUGCAUUGUAAAUAUUAUUUGUUUAAACAGCACAUAAAGUUAAAUAGAAUACACCAUAAUUGCAAGAACAAUAUUAUGGUGGAUAUUAAAUGAUUACAGCACAUCGCCAACAAGAAGAACAAUAGAAGUUCACAGAGAAACCAAAUCACUCUCUUCGUAGCAACGCGUAAAAGAUAAAAACACGGACGAGAUAAGAGCAACCCAAUCAAACGUGCCAAACAACAAAUACCCAUACAAYUAAACACCUAUACAAGCACACACACACACUCAUACAGGGGAAUAAUUAGAGCACAUAGCAAAACGCUAAAUAUGUUGUCUUACAUUAAGCGCAAACUCUCUGAAUCGGACAGCGGCAACAGCAGUAGCAACAGCAAUCCCACACCAGCCGCGGAGCUCGUCCGGAAAACAAGUCAAAUGUCAUUGGACAAUGGUGCAAUUGUCUAUGGAGAGGAUGCCUUACUACAUGAGCUGGGCUAUCGCAGCGCCACAGAUCUGCAAGAGACUAUCUAUGAUCUGCUGCGCACCAUACGCGAUCCGGAGAAGCCCUGCACACUGGAGGAUUUGAAUGUUAUCUAUGAGGAUGGGAUCUUUGUGAUGCAGCCAACCCGCUCAAAUGUCUCAGUGGUUCGCAUUGAAUUUAACCCGACUGUGCCGCACUGCUCGCUGGCUACGCUGAUUGGCCUCUGCAUACGCGUCAAGGUGGAGCGUGGACUGCCGCAUAAUAUAAAGCUGGAUAUUUAUAUCAAGAAGGGCGCACAUCAAACCGAGGAAGAGAUUAAUAAGCAAAUCAAUGACAAGGAACGCAUUGCAGCUGCCAUGGAGAAUCCCAAUCUACGUGAACUAGUCGAGAAUUGCAUCAAGGAUGAGGAAUAGAACACGUGUGGCUGCUCGAAUGUGCUGUAUAUAGAGAUUUAGGUCGGGUUUAGUUCAUAAGUUUAUAAGUGUACCAAGUACUUGUCGCCUGUUGCUGUAUGAAUUGUCUACAAAAUUAAAGUCUUAAGAUUUGUUAAAAGGGAGGAA